AACCCCGUGCUACUAGGAUGACCCUUCAAUUAGCUGACAGAUCUGUAGUGCAUCCUAGGGGUAUAGUGGAAGACCUUCUGGUUAAGGUUGGCAAAUUCACAUAUCCCGUGGAUUUUGUUAUCUUGGACAUCAGUGAGGACACAGAAGUGCCUCUUAUACUGGGAAGGCCUUUCCUGGCCACCGCCAAGGCUCUCAUAGAUGUGCAUGAUGGGACCUUAGUUUUGAGGGAUGGCGAGGAGCGAAUAACGUUUUCUGUUGCUGAUACUAUACCUGCUUCGUCACCACUGCAUGCUGUUUCUCACCAGGAGCACGAGUCUGUCGUGUAUCCUUCUGUGCUGCCUAUUUUGCAGGAACCGCCUCCCACACCUUCGCCGCCGCUCCGGACCACUCCGUCACCCAAAGAACAGAUCAAGGAGGAGUGGCGGCCGAAACUGCAGGCAGCUAAGCCUGCUCGAAAGGAAGCCGGAGACCACUAUGAGCUGGUCCCGCCCCCUCCUUGGCCAUCCGAGUAUUCACUCGCUUGCAUCCUACCGGAUGGCCAAGUUGAGCUGGCGAAUGCAGGUGGCCACAUUCGUCGCGUGCAUGGCCACCAUUUGAAGCUGUACCUCAAGAGCGAUGUGGAUCUGCUCUUGAAGGCACCUGAUCCUACACUUCCCUGAGCAUCCAUACUGGCGUCCAGCUAAAAGACGGUAAAGAAGCGCUUGUGGGGAGGCAACCCCACUGAGGUUUGCAUUUUCUUACUCUUUUUCUUUUGAUUUUGUGUGUUUUUGAGUCUUGAGACGUUGAUCCAGAGUCCAGUGUCGUUUUUGAGUGAAAACAGGUUGAUUUCGGGACUCCAACAAGUCGCACGGCCAGGACCACAACUUGCACGGCCGUGCGGGCACCCCCCUUGGCCGUGCGAGCUCUCGGCCAAAAGCGCACGGCCAAAAGCGCUUAUUGCACGGCCGUGCGCUCGUCCUGGCCUGGCCGUGCGUCUUGCACGGGCACCAUAAUGCCUCGCAUGGCCGUGCGAGUAUUCCCCCUUGGCCGUGCGAGCUCUCAGUAAGGAUGGCACGGCCAUAUGUGCCAGGUGCACGGUCGUGCGCUUCUCCUCGGCCAGGCCGUGUCGGCUGCACGGGCAAAAACCAGCCUUGCACGGCCGUGCGCCCAUGCCCGUGCAGCCGAGGCACGGCCUAUUUAUAUGGCCUGCACGGCCAUUGUGGUCAGAAAACCAAAACCACUCGCCGGAAUCCUCUGCCCUCGCCAGAAAACCGCGCAAAACCCACCUUUUUUCGAUUUUUUUUCGGCCACUUUGGGUAAUUUUUUCACCAAACCAACUACAAACCCACUCUUUCUACACCCAAAGCGGCCUAUCCCUCGAUUUUGAGCGAGUUUGGGCGACGUUUUAGUCGCCGGAGGCGAUUUCCGGCGAGACUCCGGCGAGAGUCCGACGAGCAUUUCCGGCCAGUUUUUCGGCGUUUCGUCACUUCCAUUGUCUUCCCCUCAUCAUUCCCUACACCUCUACUUGAGUCUCCAGGUUUGCUUUUGCCCCUAACUAUGUUAAUUGUGGAGAAUUGAGUGUGUAGGGUGUAUGUUAGAGAACCUUAUUGAAUCAUGUGAAUCUUAUGAAAUUGAUUGAGGGGAAUGCAUGGGAUGUGAUUGAAUUAUGUUGGGCAAAGUCCCCUUUGAUUGUUUAAGCCCUUGUGUGCAAGAAUUUGGCCAAUUUCAUGUUUAACUUAGUAGUGCACACAAGGUGUUCGCUGAAAUGCCUGUUUUCCAUGCCCUGUUGUGGCCACCGGUUGGGGCCCUUAAUGAUGUAGUUUGAGGGUGUAUUUGCUAUGGAUGUGAACCUUGAG